GCAACUGCAAUGAAGCUUCUUAUUUGUACUAUAUUUAAGGUGGAUCUUACUCAGAUUGUAAAGUUAACCAAGUCUUAAUACUAAAUCUCUUUCUGUAACUCACGGAAAGAGAUUUUUCGUAGUAGAAAUAUGAUGAGAGGACUACAAUUAAUACAAUUAAUUCUGGUCUGUUUGAGUAUAUUUGUGAAAGCAGAAGAUCCUUACAAAUUCUUUACAUGGACCGUUACUUAUGGAAAACUUGCUCCCCUUGGUGUUUCUCAACAGGUGAUUCUUAUCAAUGGACAAUUUCCUGGUCCAACACUAGAUGUUGUCACCAAUGAUAACUUGAUCAUCAAUGUUAUUAACAAGCUAGAUGAGCCCUUUCUCUUAACCUGGAAUGGUAUUAAGCAAAGAAAGAACUCAUGGCAAGAUGGAGUUUUGGGUACAAAUUGCCCAAUUCUUCCAAAAUCAAACUACACAUACAAAAUGCAAACCAAAGAUCAAAUCGGGACUUACUCAUAUUUCCCAUCUACUGCAUUUCAUAAAGCGGCCGGUGGUUUUGGAGGCAUUAACGUUUAUGCCAGACCAAGAAUUCCUGUUCCAUAUGCUUUGCCUACUGCAGAUUUCACUCUACUUAUCGGUGACUGGUACCGCACCAACCAUAAGGUGCUAAGAAAAUGGAUGGACUCGGGUAAAGCACUUGCUUCACCAGAUGGUCUUCUCUUAAAUGGACGACAGACCAAUUCAUUCUUCAGCGGUGAUCGAGGAAAAACUUACAUGUUUAGGAUCACAAAUAUUGGGCUAUCAACCUCCAUCAAUUUCCGAAUUCAGAGUCAUAAAAUGAAGUUGGUUGAAUGUGAAGGAGCUCAUACAAUUCAGAGCUUUUAUGAUUCCCUAGACAUACAUGUUGGUCAAUCUGUUUCUGUUCUAGUAACCUUCGAUCAACCACCCAAAGACUACCAUAUCGUUGCUUCCACCCGAUUCGCGCCAGUCAAUUUUACCACAACUUCGGUGUUGCGUUAUAAAAAUUCUAAACCUGGUGUUUCUGGGCCAUUGCCAAGGGCUCCUGCUUUACUAACACACUGGUCCAUGAAGCAAGCUAGAACAUUCAGGCGGAACUUAACAGCAAAUGCAGCAAGGCCAAAUCCUCAAGGGUCAUAUCAUUACGGACAGAUAAAAAUUUCAAGAAGAAUCAUUUUAAGCAACUCAGCUCCCAUGAUAAAUAGGAAGCAGCGCUAUGCAGUUAACGGGUUUUCGUACAUUAACCCCCAAACCCCUUUGAAGCUUGCUGAUUAUUUCAACAUCACUGGAGUUUUCACUACAGGCGCCAUCGAAAAGGGAACCAAGCGUCCUACCUUAGCCACUUCUGUCUUGAAAGGUUCCCUCCAUGAAUUUGUUGAAAUUGUUUUCCAAAAUAAUGAAAAUGAAAUUCAGUCUUGGCAUGUCGACGGAAGUGAUUACUGGGUUGUCGGUUUCGGUACUAUGCCAUGGAAUGCGGGCAAACCAAAAACCUACAAUCUAGUCGAUGCUGUCACCAGGCACACCGUUCAGGUAUACCCAAAGUCAUGGACUGCCAUAUUGAUGUCAGUGGAGAACCAAGGCAUGUGGAAUAUAAGAUCUGCAAACUGGGCAAGGCAGUAUUUAGGUCAGCAAUUUUAUUUCCGUGUCUGGACAGAGGUACAAAGCUUCAGAAACGAAUAUGACAUUCCUCAAAAUGCUCUGCUAUGUGGUAAAGCCGCUGGACGGAAAAUUAAACCUCGUCAAGCAUAGUCCGGUAAUCAGAUAAUUUCAUGUAGGGAAUUCUUUUGUAUUUUCGGCCACGAGGGUGUGACCAAUGAUAAUGAAGUUCAAUUGUUCAAAGAUAAUAAGCUAAAGAGUCUUUCUCAAUUCGAGAAAAUGCUUUUUUUUUUUCCUUUUCUUCCGUAAACGCAAUAUUGAUUA